ACGUCACAUCCGCUCUCUCUUCCACAGGAGGCCUACACGCCGCCGUUGCCGCUGCCGCCAUGUCUCUAGUGAUCCCCGAGAAGUUCCAGCACAUUUUGCGAGUACUCAACACCAACAUCGAUGGGCGGCGGAAAAUAGCCUUUGCCAUCACUGCCAUUAAGGGUGUGGGGCGAAGGUACGCCCACGUGGUGUUGAGGAAAGCAGACAUCGACCUCACCAAGAGGGCUGGAGAGCUCACCGAGGAUGAGGUGGAGCGCGUGAUCACGAUUAUGCAGAAUCCUCGCCAGUACAAGAUCCCAGACUGGUUUCUGAACAGGCAGAAGGAUGUGAAGGAUGGCAAGUACAGCCAGGUUCUAGCCAACGGUCUGGACAACAAGCUGCGAGAAGACCUGGAGCGGCUGAAGAAGAUCCGAGCCCACAGGGGCCUGCGCCACUUCUGGGGUCUGCGAGUCCGAGGCCAGCACACCAAGACCACCGGACGCCGCGGCCGCACCGUGGGUGUGUCCAAGAAGAAGUGAGGCUGCAGGCUUGCUCCGGCAAUAAAUAGUACAUAUACCU